AUGGCGUCAAUACAGAAUGGCUACGCCAACGGCGUCAAUGGCGAUUCGUUUGUCUCGGCCAACUCCCUGGGUAACCUUCGCUUCUCUGACAUCCCCUCUGCGAUCGAUAUUCCCGCGUCCACCCUUGACAGUGAAGUCGAAGUGAGCUUGGAAGGGCUACCAGACGAUCCCACCGAACUCUGCACAUUGUUGGAGAACGAAAAGGCGGCGAAGAAUUUCUGGGUGAUCAUCGCACUGGCAUAUGCUAAGCAGAAGCAGAUCGAUCAUGCGAUCGACAUUCUGAACAAAGGCCUCGCCUCGGUGGCUCAUGGAGCGACCAAAGAGAAACUGGGUCUCCUGGCCUGGGUCUGCUGGUUGCUGAUGCUGAAGAGUCGGCAGGCCCCUCGCGUGGCCCCCGAGGGAGAGCUGUACACAGAGGCCAAGACCAAGGAUCAUUACCUGCAACUCGCAACGUCGACGUUGAACGAGGCGUCGCGACUGAACCCGGCUUUUCCUCCAUUAUUCCUUGCUCGGGGUGUUUUGUCUUUACUGCGCGCUUCCCUGCACCCCCCGCGACCGGCCCGACCAGGCUCGGUUGACACGUCUGAGCGCGUGGAGUCUCUGCGACAAGCGCUCAAAUGCUUCGAUGAAUCCUCAAAGGCGUUCGGUGGUCGGAACGUGAUGGCGAUCAUGGGGCGUGCCAGAGCGCAAUACUUGUUGGGACGGUAUGCGGAGGCGUUGGAAGGUUAUCAAAAGGUUUUGAUGAAGAUGCCUACUUUGACGGACCCCGAUCCUCGAAUUGGUAUCGGAUGUUGUUUGUGGCAGCUGGGCUUUAAGGACCAGGCGAAGGUUGCUUGGGAGCGGGCGCUGGCACUCAACCCCGACUCUAAGGUUGCCAAUAUUCUACUCGCCGUCUAUUAUCUCUACGAUAGCUCGCGCCAUGCUACGACGGACCCCGCAUUUGGCUCGCUAUAUAAGGUCGCCAUGACCCAGUACACACAAAAGGCUUUCAAGUUGGAUAAGGAAUACCCCAUGACGUGUGCGUUGUUUGGCGGUUAUUUCCUCCUGAGGAAAUCCUACUCCACCGUCGAGACAUUAGCACGGAAGGCCAUUGAACGCACAGAUGUCAUGUCGAUUGCUAGUGACGGUUGGUAUCUGCUGGGACGCAAAGCCCACUACGAGGGUGACCUCGCCCAUGCAGCGGAGUACUACAGCCGCUCCGAUCAGGCGCGAGGAGGAGGUGAAAAAGGCUAUCUUCCGGCCAAGUUUGGCGCGGUGCAGAUGCAGGUUUCUAACCAGAGUUAUGAUGACGCCAAGUUCCGAUUGGAGAAGAUCAUUCAGCAAACGAAAAACCCGGAAUGCAUGAUUCUCUUAGGGGCACUGCAUGCCGAGGAAGUCUUUGCUGCCCAAAGAAGCGGCAGCAAGGAGGACAAGUCGGCAGAAGCCAAGAAGGCCAUUAGCUUGCUGGAAUCUGUUCGCAGUCUCUGGAAGGACGAAGGCAAGAAGAUUGUACCUGACGAAUCGGUCCUCGUCUAUCUGUCUCGUCUCUAUGAGCAGAUCGCUCCGGAGAAAAGCAUGCAGUGCUUGACCCAGCUGGAAGAGAUGCAGCUGGCUGAGAUUUCCGAAGAUGAGCGCCCCGAGGGCAUUGAAGAUGAAGCGGAGAUCAAAGCUGUCCUCCGUGCCAAUCUGCCUCCACCACUGCUCAACAACAUGGGCUGCUUCCUGUACCAGGCGGAGAAGAUUGAGCAAGCCCGGGCCCUUUUCCAGGCGGCUCUGGACGCCUGCGCGCGGUCACAGGAGAAGGAUCCACAGCUUGACACGGACGCUCUUGUGACUACGAUCAGCUACAACCUGGGCCGGGCGUAUGAAGCUUCCAACAUGCAAGAGGAAGCGAAGAAGGCCUUUGAGAGGCUCCUCGAGCGUCAUUCCGAUUACACGGAGGCCAACGCGCGCCUCACCUAUAUUGCGCUGCGCCAAAGUCCGACAGACGAGGGACCGAAGAAGAUGGCGAAGCUGUACGAGGCGGAUUCGACGAAUCUCGAGGUCCGGGCGCUGUUCGGCUGGUAUCUCAGCAAGUCCAAGAAGCGGGCGGCCAACCUCGCAGAGGACCACGAGCAACGGCACUUCAAGCAUACUCUACAGUACUACGACAAACACGAUCGGUACUCACUUACGGGAAUGGGCAACGUGCACUUGACGACUGCUCGAGACAUGCGGCGCGACACUGAUCAGGACAAGGACAAGCGACGGAAGAUGUACGAAAGGGCCGUGGAGUUCUUCGACAAGGCGCUGCAGCUGGAUCCCAAGAACGCCUACGCCGCACAGGGAAUCGCUAUUGCGCUGGUCGACGACAAGAAGGACCACGCCAGUGCGGUGCAUAUUUUCUCCAAGGUGCGAGACACCUUGCGGGAUGCCAGCGUGUACCUGAACCUGGGCCAUGUCUACGCGGAACUACGACAAUAUUCGCGAUCCAUUGAACACUACGAGGCGGCGCUGUCGAAAGAUCGUGCGCGCGAUGCGCAGAUCCUGGCGUGCCUGGGUCGAGUCUGGCUGCUCAAGGGCAAACAGGAAAUGAGCCUGUCCGCCAUGAAGACGGCUCUGGACUACGCCCAGCGUGCCCACGCCGUCGCGCCUUCGCAGGCCCAUUUGGAGUUCAACGUUGCGUUUGUACAGAAUCAGAUCGCCUCGCUGGCGUACAGCCUGCCUGAAACGCAGAAGACGGUGCAGGACGUCGAGGAGGCCGCCGAGGGCUUGCACCAGGCGGUCGAGACGUUCGGACGGAUCGCGCAGGUGAAGAAUCCGCCGUACCCCGCCGGCGCGCUGGAGCAGCGUGCCAACAUGGGUAAGACGAUCAUCAAACAGCUGGAGCGUGCGCUGCAGAGCCAGCGCGAGUACGAGGAGAAGAACGCGGCCAAGCUGCAACAGGCCCGGGAGGCGCGGGAGGCGGAGAUCCGGAAGCGGGAGGCGGAGGUGCGCAAGGCCCAAGAAGCCGAGCAGACGCGGAAGAAGAAGCUGGCGGAGGAGCGUCAGCAGAUGAUUGAGGAAGCGCAGCGCCUGGCCGAGCAGCGGGCGGAGGAAGAGAAGGCGCGGGAGGACGCAGAGAUGACGACGGAUUCGGAAACGGGCGAUAAAGUAAGACGCAAGAAGAAGGCGACGAUGAAGCGUAAGAAGAAGCGGGCGGACGACGAUUUCAUCAGCGAUGGGGAGACGCCUCGCCGGGCGCGGAGCGGGGAGGCGGAGAGCGAGGGCGAGGCGGCGCCCAAGAAGCGCAGACGGUUGGAGAGGCGGUCCGGUGGGAAGGCGCAGAGCAAGUACAAGAGCAGCGAGGUUGUCGAGGACUCGGAUGUCGACGACGAGGAGGAGCAGGAGGACCAUGCUGCGGCUGCUGCGACAUCAGACCACGAGAUGCGGGAUUCCGCCGUGGAUGAUGACGAGGAUGUUGUUCAGCGGCGUCGGGCCAAGGUGACCCGACGGAUUGCGGACGAUGAUGACGAGGAUGAGGAGGAAGAAGAAGAAGAAGAAGAAGAAGAAGAAGAAGAAGAAGAAGAAGAAGAAGCAGAGGGAGUCCCGGCGCAGGCUGUAUCGAGAAAUCAGGAGCCGGACAACGACGACGACGACGACGAUGAAGGACUGUUCAAUGAUAGUCCCGAGGAGGCGACGGGCAAGGCCGACGAGGAAGAUACAGAGAUGAAGGACGAUGACGAGGAGUGA